AUAGGAACUGAUGCUGUCCGACAGAUUCGCCAAUAGAAAAUGAAAAAGUGAUUAAUGAGAUUUUUUCGUUGGAAUUGGAUGCCAGCUGCUGAGCUUUGGUAGGGAACGAGGAAUGUGCCGGCCAUUAUAAAAUUCUGAUUCCGUUUCUUCAUUUCAAACAUUGAGUUCUAUCUGCAUUCUCUGCCUUGUAUUCAGAGUUUUAUCCUUGUUCUCAUCAUCAUCUUCUAUAUCUGGUUGUGUUCUGAUAUCCUUGUGGGAGUUCUUUUGUGUACGUUAAAUGGGGAUUGUUAAAAGCAAAUUUGGUCAUGGAUUUGGUAUAUUCAAGCAACUGAGCAAACCAUCAAAUAUAGAAAUUAAGAUGGUCGAGGUUAUGAAGAAACAAAAAGGCUCUAGAGAAUGCAGUGUGAAAUCAUUCAACAGUGUCAUUAUGAAGUUCAACAAAAUUGAUGAGAGCUUUAAAAAACUUAGAAGUGUUUUUCAGAAAAUUGACAAAGAUUUUGAUGGAAAAAUAGACUUGGACAAAUUGAAGCGUGGCUUCCAGGAGUUGCAUGUUUCAUUGACAGAUCAAGAAAUAAAAGAAUUAUACCAGGAGUGUGAUAUGGAUGAAAGCAGAGGAAUUGAUUUCAAAGAGUUCAUUGUACUGUUGGCCUUGAUUUAUCUUUUGGAAGAUAGUUUUGCAAAAUCACAUCUUUUGCCUGAGCUUGAGGUAAGUUUCAAAACUAUAGUAGAUACUUUCAUGUUCUUUGACAAGGAUGGCGAUGGCUAUGUGAGGAAAAAUGAGAUAGUUCAGGCUAUCAAUGACAUUGGUCCAGGACAAAGGACUUCUGGCAGUGACAUUGCCCUUAAAAGAUUUGAAGAAAUGGAUUGGAACAAAGAUGGAGCAGUUUCACUCAAAGAGUUCCUUUUUGCAUUUAUAAAUUGGGUGAGCGUUGAAGAUGGCAAUGAUGAUUCAUGAAGUGGGAAUUGUUGAUUUGAUUACAGUUUACACUAUAUAGAUUACCACAUAAUAUGUUUCCUCUGGACCUAUAGCAAAAACAGGAACGGUUUGUGGGCUAAUCUUCUAGCCUUGUUGCAAACAAUACAGUAUUUGUUCAUCUCUUCUUUCAUUCUAAUAGGACAUAAAGCUAAUGCUAAACUAUCCUGUGUAGUGUUACUAUCUGAUUCCGGGAGUAGGAAUUGUUCAUAUCUGCAUUUUUGAGCUUGAUUCAAAGAAGCAUGACAAGGGCAUUUAGUGUUGCGAUCUAUAUUGUGGAAUUUGAAAAUAUUUUUGCAUUCAGUUUAAUUUCCAAACUUGAUACAAGGAGACAUGACUACAACAUUUAAUCAGAUGACAAGUACAAUUGCAUGUAUUUUUUUUUCUCUUGUAUAAUGCAGCAUAAAAGUGUAGGUGGUUCAAUUUUAA